UUCUGACAGUCAUAUAAUUAUAUUAAGUACACUUAAAUGGCGAACAAAAAUUACAUAUACAAGUAUUCCAUUGUUGUCUUGUUGGUUUGCUCAUUAACAGCAGGAGAUGAGUGCGUCACGUACAGCUUCGAAGAUGGACUUAAUGAUUUUGCUUGGGAUCAUCCAACAUGUCACGGAAUCAAUAAUUGGACAUUGGGAUGGUAUAAUACAAUAUCCAUAGAACGACCACACCCUGCAAGCAACACCUUCGUAACACCAGCAAUAGCAUCAUUACCGACAGUUAACUGUAUAUCAACACGACCUUUAGAAGUGGCCAUUGACGGUACUGUUGAAUUGAACAUCUAUUUAGAACGAGCCAAUAUAUUUGAAGUGGAAGUAAUAAUACAAGAUAAUACAGCUAUUGGUGGAUCAAACUAUAGCUCUGUACUUAAUGCCUUCUCGCCUGGCUGGUCAUCGAUUAGGUUAACCUUAACUGAGUCGUGUCAUUCCUGUUCUCAAGGUUACGAUCAAUCUAAUGAUUAG